AUGCAUUUCACACAAACCCUCUUCCUUUCUGUCUUGAGAAUCUGCAGUGUCUUUGCCGCCACCAACACUACAACCUCAACACCCCAAACCCACGUAGUCCGCGUCGGCUCCACCAACAAUUCCAUAAAAUACUUUCCCGACAAAAUUUCCGCCCAAGUAGGCGAUAUAAUCCAAUUUCAAUUCGCAGGAGGAAACCACACCGUUACCCAAUCCACUUUCGAUGCACCCUGCGUCCCAAUUAGUCAAAGCACAAACAACACCGGAGUCUUCAGCGGCUUCAUGAAUGUAGCUGCUAGUUUAAAUAGUACCGGUAUGGUACCGGUAUUCAGUAUGCCGGUCAAGGUCGCUACACCAAUGUGGUUCUACUGUAGCCAGGCUAAACAUUGCCAAAAAGGAAUGGUUUUGGUGGUUAAUGAGAACACAAAAAUAAAUGCCUCUCGCUCUCUCUCCAAUUUCGCAUCUCUAGCUGCGAAAGCUCCUGCUAAUCUCUUUCCUACACUUAAUGGUACCUCGGCUACUGCUUCUACAUCUUCUACUUCGAGUACAUCUGGUACUUCAUCUACCUCUGAAUCUAAUUCUGGUUCUUCCUCUGGCUCUUCAUCAGAUUCAUCGGAUUCGUCAAGCUCAAAUUCGGAUUCAGAUUCCUCCUCAACCACAGAUUCUACAGCAACCACACCUAGUCCUUCCGUCUCGAGUACAUCCUCAGGAACAUCUUCAAACAACAACGAAGAUUCUUCAUUCUCACCAUCUGGAUCCUCAUCAUCCCCAUCCACAUUAUCAACAACAUCCUCCGCCCUCGCAUCCGCAACCGCAAAUACAGCUUCGGGAAUAAUACAUUCGAGAAUUAAUCUCUUCGGUGUAUUUGCAGUGUCCGGGGUGGGAAUGUGGGGUUUAUUGUAG